AUGGAAGAUAUCACUCGCAGAAACGUCUAUCGAUAUGUGGCUUAUGCAGCCGUCACUUUUUCAGUGGUAGCUGUGUUUUCGCUCUGCGUCACCAUCCCAAUGGUUUACAACUACGUCAACACCAUCAAGACCCAGAUUGAUCAUCAGAUCUCAUUCUGCAAACAUUCCGCCCGUGAUAUCUACUCCGAAGUCAACCACAUCCGUUCGAAUCCAAAGAAUAACAACACCCGUUCCGCCCGUCAAGCUGGAUACGAUUUCAACUCUGGAGCUGUUGACUCAUUUGCAUCUGCCCCCAGCAGUGGUGGAUCCUGCUCUGGAUGCUGCCUUCCAGGAGCCGCUGGACCAGCUGGAACCCCAGGAAAGCCAGGAAGACCAGGACGUCCAGGAGCCGCUGGACUCCCAGGAAACCCAGGAAGACCACCAGCACAGCCAUGCAACCCAAUCACUCCACCACCAUGCCGUCCUUGCCCACAAGGACCACCAGGAGCACCAGGAUCUCCAGGACCACAAGGAGAUGCCGGAGCUCCAGGACAACCAGGAUAUGGAGGUGGCGUUGGAGCACCGGGACCAGCUGGACCAAAGGGACCACGCGGACAGCCAGGAAACCCAGGACAAGCCGGAGCCCCAGGACGUCCAGGAGCUGAUGCCCAAUCUCAGAACACCCCAGGACAACCAGGACCAGCUGGACCACAAGGGCCACCAGGACCAUCUGGAGCACCAGGACACCCAGGAGGACCAGGAUUCCCAGGAGCUCCAGGACCAAAGGGGCCAUCUGGAGCACCAGGACAGCCAGGAUCCGACGGAAACCCAGGAGCUCCAGGACAACCAGGACAAGCCGGGGGAGCUGGAAACCGUGGAAUCUGUCCAAAAUACUGUGCUAUCGACGGAGGAGUCUUCUUCGAAGAUGGAACCAGAAGAAAGUAG